GACCGCAUGGUACCAAACCAAUGUGCAGCGGUACGCGGUACGGUGCGAAGGCAGCGAUACACCGAGAUUCGUGCUAGUUUAUGACAUGGAUCCUCGUAGUAAAAGGAAAAAGGGAAGUUACUGCUGUGUCGUUGGAUGCCACAAUAACAGAGCUGACGCAAGAGGGAAGCAACCUGCCAUUAAGUUUUACUCGUUCCCGAACAAGUGGUAUGAACAGGAACGCCGACGUCGGUGGAUUACAGCUGUACGACGGGUCAACGAGGAUGGCACUGACUGGGAGCCGAGCCCCACAAGCGUCAUAUGCAGCUCGCACUUCGUUGGAAAUGAGAAAGCCGUUGAUGAGGCGCACCCAGCCUACGUUCCAACGGUUUUCCCGGAAGUGUACAAGAAAAAAUCAGCCAGACCAGUGGAUGUCAUUGAACGCUACGAAAGAUCCAAGAAACGUACCCAUUCUGAUGGCAACACUAACGCCACCCGGCACAUGGAAAUUCCUGUUGCAACCACAGACAUGAAUUCCUCAUGGCUACAUAUUGAAGACAUGAUUGACUGUGAUGUGGAACAUGGCCUAAUAUCCACGGGCACGCAGACAGAAGCCACCAGCCAGUGUGAUGUUGGUACCUUCUCCGUCUUGAUGUGCACAAUUUUGGACAAUGCCGGCAGCACACAGCUCAUGAAAUAAAACUCAAAAACACAGGGCUCUAAUUAUGAUUCAUUGUGCUGUAUACAUGCUGCACUCUGUAC